AUCAACAACCGCUAGCAUGGAAACGACAACAGCAUCUACAACCAUUACCACGGAAACGACAACAACACCUACAACCACUACCACGGAAACGACAACAGCAUCUACAACCAUUACCACGGAAACAACAACAACACCUACAACCACUACCACGGAAAACAACAACAACACCUACAACCACUACCACGGAAACGACAACAACACCUACAACCACUACCACGGAAACGACAACAACACCUACAACCACUACCACGGAAACGACAACAACACCUACAACCAUUACCACGGAAACGACAACAACACCUACAACCACUACCACGGAAACGACAACAACACCUACAACCACUACCACGGAAACGACAACAACAACAACACUUACAACUCCCACCAUAUCUCCUACCACAAAUGCAGACACGACUAGAAAUGAAACAACUUCAUCGUCUACAGUGACUACCACUGAAACAACUGGAACAACUUCCACAGCUGGAACAGUGAAGAAAUGCGCUGAAGGAAAUGUCUGCAAAAGCAGUUUGGCUACGUGUGUAGAUCAAUAUGAAGGUUAUGUCUGCGAAUGUCCCUAUGGCUUCUACUAUUCCGAAGAGGGGACAUGCAAUUCAGGAGCACCAUUUCCUGGAAAAUUUACCCUGAAAAUUCAAGACGAGAAAUGUGAUUAUAGUAUUAAAACAUCCAAAUGUUAUAAAGACCUCUAUACCAAGAUCACCAGCUUGUGCGAAAAGGCUUUCAUGAAUGAAAUGAGCUACAAGGAAACCAUUGUGACGAACAUAAGGUCCCAAACAUCAAGAAUCAAAAGAGCGGUCAGAAAUGCUGAAGUUAACGUUGCAGUUGAUUUCAUUAACGUAUUUUUAAAAAACACAACUGUGAACACCGCUACAGUUCUUAACACCCUGAUAGCCUCAAUUCCAGAUAUAACAAACGUAACAGAGGUAAAACCCUGUGAUGCUUAUAACUGUGAUGAAGAAACAUCCAUGUGUGUGCAGGAAGAUGUGUUUGUUAUGUGUAAAUGCAAAGAGAACUACUACAAGCAGGAUCCUUUUCAGAGAAAAUGUGAAAAAAUUGAACAAAACAUUCCUGAAUCCGAUGGCCAGGCCAAAGAUGAUCUGUUCAUCCCUAUGAUUGUAGUGAGCGUCGUCGGAGGAGUCCUUAUUGUCUCUCUGGCCAUUGGUCUUGCUGUCGUGACUGUAAGAAACAAAAAAGAUGAUGAUGAUGAGGAGGAAGAGGAAGAGAGAAGUUUACACAAGAAGACAUUCCAAGGCAACGCCAAUUUUAGUUUUCAGAAUCCCAUGAUGAGCUUAAACAGUGAGACGCCUUCCGUCAAUUCGGUGACGAACAGCGUCACAAGCCCUAAUCCUUAUGUCUACAAAGCUUCAGAUCCUAAGAAGUUUAAUGAAGAUGAUGAUGAUGAAGACGGGGUGGAAUUUGUAAAUUUCAGAAACACGAACAACAUGGGCCAACGAAAGAACGCAAUAAAUUCUAAUAUAACAGCAAACCCUUAUGCAUUCCCACGGGUCCAGGCUUCCAAAAGGCCUGUGAUGGCACCUGGCUCUCAGAACAAUAAGACAUCUAAUGACAACCCAUACCUUCCACAAAGGGAUUAUCUUGAAUACAAUAAGAACUCGGGUCCCGGGAUCGAGAUGAAUUCCCUCAACAGGGGCUACCCGCCCCCAGUGAACUACAGAUACAACGGACACAUGAAAUACUAAUGUCGGGGUGAUCGACGCUAACGCUCAGGCUUUGGAAGAAUUUUGAAAAUACAAAUAUGACGUGUUUGGUGUAUACUGUAUAUAUAUUUAUAAAUACUGACAUAUUGCAUACUACUUACUGUAUAGCACUUGGGGUCUGGAGGAAUUAAUCUUUAAGGGUGGUCUUAUAGCGGCCAUGUUGUUUUGAUUAUUUAUUAAAGAGAAAACGUCUGCUAACGCAAAGACGGAAUAAAGUGUGAAACAGGAAAAUUAAAUAAACGAACAAUAGUAAAAACAAAUGCAUAUAUUAUAACCAAACUGGAGAAAAAGUAAACAGUUGAUAUUGAUUAUGGGAUGUUUCUAUGUAUUUUGUGGACCUGUCAUUGAAAGUGUAUGUAGCUGUAAAAAGCACAUUCAUUUAUGGUUGGGUCCGAGCCUAUCUGGUUGAUUUGUGGGCAGCUCAGGAUGGAGCGCCCAUUCAUAACUGGGCACCCUCACGCACACACACCUACAGUCAGACUGGGUCCGUUAGAGUCACCAGUUAAAGCAACCAGCAAGUCUGUGGGAGGAAAACUGGACAACUUGUAGAAGAUCACAGCUGUGGUUCAAAAGCCUGAACCAGGAGCCGGUGGAGGCGGACAGUCUCACGCCAAUGAAGGUUCUGUCUGUCACGAUUUGUACAUGCAGGUGCCCGAUGUGCGCCAUGACAAAGGCGGCUGACAUAUCCAAGAGCCCUUUGCUGUCUUGAAGAUCUGCAGCUGCCACUGCUUCCAUUCUUUUAAAUGAAACUCCAUUUAGGUAACAACAGGCAGAGAGACCUGAGGACACUUAUGUGCAUACAGAAAAAUCAAAAAGCACUUGGACAAUAAAGUGUGACAUUAAAUGAUGGGG